GACAUAAAACAGUCUUCCUUGGGUCUCCCUAAAAGCAGCUGAGACCAGUUCUGGAGUCUUCGGUGACGCAAGCGAAAUUCUAAACCCAAAGCAAAGGGCACAGCGUUCUUAAACCUGACCUUACCUUCGGUACAGAACGCUGCGAUUCCUCAAAGGAUUUGUGAAUUGAUUACAUUGAUUGCAUGAUACAACUUUCUGAAGGGUGAAUUAAGAGUGCUCAGAAGAGAAAUUUGAAGCAGAAAUUCUCAAAGAAUGUGUGUUCCGAAAGAUGCAUAUGUGGAACUUGACCUCUCCGGUAAUGUGUCCCGUGGGUAAUAAUACAUUGGAUAUUCACGUACACAGGGAAUAAAGAGAGUGAAGGAAUCUAUUUACCAAGAUAUCUCCAGUUUAUUUAUCAUUCAUCAAUCACCACCGACCAACCGUGAAACGACAGCAGCUUUUCUCAGAGUUCAACGGCUACCAUCCAGGUCAAAAUGGCCGACACUGACCAACGCAACCGUAUCGUAUUCCUGGGCUCCGGUCGGGUGGGGAAGACCGCCAUACUGAAACGGUUUCUGUUCAACACAUACUCCGAGGAGUACAAGGAGACGGUGGAAGACCUCUUCGCCCGAGAUUACAACAUCCGUGGAUCUUUAAUCAAAGUGGAUUUUCUUGACACUGCUGGGAAUUUCGUGUUCCCCGCCAUGAAGCGCCUGUCUAUCACCACUGCUCACGCCUUUGUGUUAGUCUACUCCAUAACGAGCGUGGAGACGUUUGAGGAGGUGAAGCGACUCUGGGCGGAGAUACAGGAGGCCAGGUCUAAUUACCAGGAGUUGCCGUGUGUCAUCGUGGGUACCAUGAUGGACCUAGAAAACUCCCGUCAGGUAGAAAAGUUUGACACGCUCAACUGGAUUUACAGCAACAAUUUUGCAGGUGGCUUUGUGGAGGAGUAGGAGUUUGGUCCGCCGUGGCUCCAAACCGAAAGUAAAACGGACGCACAGACGAGGCAAGCACGACUGUCGUGUCUCUUGACUGGAACAGCGGAAGCGGAAGGUGGCACAACAACAAAGAAUGGAGACGUAAUCUACAGCGAUUUUCUACGUUAACUGUGUACACAGGACCAUUUUGUUUUACUCUUGUAAGGUAGAGGAAGAAUGCCUGUUAAAGUCAUGCCUUCCUGUCUGUGCGUCUAUUAGUUUGUUUGUCUGUUUGUCUGGUUAACUCUACGGAUUCUACACUUCUUUUUGUUACAAUAGUCUUUUCUUUGUGUAAAUUUCAUAUUUCUUAUUUUCCUUUUUUGUAGCUUUGCGGCAAAGAGUUUGUGAAAAUAAGCCAUUCCUUGUUUGUUACAUGUAUGUAUAAAUGUGGCUAUUUGUAACACUUAUGCAGGUGUUGGAAUUUUUUUCUAAUAAUUUUGGACGUGCCGCAGGUGGUGUGUGUGACGGGGAGUGACAUAGUUCAACUGGAUGUUGUUCACUUUAUCACUUUUGCGUGCGGAGUAACUGUAAAUGUAAGCCAAAACUUCAACAGUUUCCUUUGUCUAACGUUUGCCUUUGUCUCUGCCCUCGACCUGAUAUCAUCGGGUUGUUGUUGUCUGUUUGUAUUUGUUUUCUAUAUUAAUUUGUUUUUGUUGUUGUUGUUGUUGUUUGGUUGUUAUUUGUUUGAUUUUGUGUUAUUGUUGUUGUUGUUUUUGUUUUGUUUGUUUGUUGGUUUGUCUGUUUCUUUUUGUUAUUACUAUUAAUUAAUGAUUUCCAUUUCCGAAGGAUUUACGACCAAAAAUAUCUUCUAUUUUUGUUUUUAUUCUAUCUAUUGCCUUUUUGUUUUGCCCGCAAAUUUCUUGAUAUAAUCAUUUUUGGAACUACAAUAACCGAAAAGCAUUGUGUGGACAGGUUCUUUGAUUGUAUGUCCGUUGAGACCACAAAUAUUGUUCUUGCUGGAAGAGAAGUGCAGUGUUUCAAAACGUUACCCGACGUAAUAGAUUCCGCAGAAAGAACACUAGAGCCAGAAUAAAUACAUUUGAUUUAACAAUAGCUUCACCCAAUCUCCCUUGUCCAAUAUAAUUUUGGUUAUACACGCUGAAAUAACAAUUGGAAUGGCUUAGCUAUCAAGUUGUUUUGACACACUGUGAUGAUCAGAGUUUGUGGUACAGCUGUUAGGCACUUCGCCGUCGUAUGAAGACGAUCCAAGUUUGAUUUCCGUACGGAGAGAAUAAUUUUUAACAAGCACUGCCAUCUUCUGCCGGGACAUUGCACCUAGGUUGGCCUUGCCUGGCAGAGUCGAAGCCCACCUCCCAUCUAGAUUUUGUCGAUGGGGGCGCCAAAAGAAUCCACAUCUAAAACACAACAUAACUUUGAAAUAAUUAUUGAAGUGGCUAAGCUAUCGCUAUGCUUUUCAUUUUUGGACACUCACAAAUGCCAAAACACCACAGGCGUUGCUAGGAAACAAAAAGGUCUUGAUCACCAGUGUGUAAAAUUGAACCAAAUUAUGUGGAGGGGAAGAAAGAAAAAGCCC